AUGGAAACCCCAAUCACCCAAACUACCAUCCCAACCGAAACCAAAACGAUGUCCUCAACCGUUACCCCCGUCACAGACCUAGAAGACGGUCCCCUCUUCCCCUCCACCCUAAUCUCUCCCGAAGUCAUCUCCCUCCUCCCCACAGACUACACCAUCCGCCCCCUCCGUCGCUCAGACUACCAACGCGGCUACCUUGAUGUCCUCCGCGUGCUGACAACCGUCGGCGAGAUCAGUGAGGAGAAAUGGGACGAGCGCUUCGACUGGAUCAAGUCUCGGAAUGACGAGUACUACAUGCUUGUUGUUUGUGAUGGGGCGGAUCGUGUCGUUGGUACCGGGUCGCUGAUUGUUGAGCGCAAGUUUAUUCAUGCGCUUGGCAUGGUUGGGCAUAUUGAGGAUAUCGCGGUGGAGAAGGGACAGCAGGGAAAGAAGUUGGGGUUGAGGAUUAUUCAAGCGUUGGAUUAUGUGGCUGCGCAGGUUGGGUGCUACAAGAGCAUUCUUGAUUGUUCUGAGGCCAAUGAGGGUUUCUAUGUCAAGUGUGGCUUCAAGCGCGCAGGUUUGGAGAUGGCUCACUACUACUGA